UGUGUUGACCUUGUCAGGAGCAUCCCAGCUCCUAACUGCCCAUCGGAGUUAAAGCCAGUGAGCUCUCCUGAAGGGAGUUUCUCAGCUGGCCUGAGACUUUUCGGUCAUUAAGCCCUCAGACUAGCAUUAAUUUUAGUCCUUAUCUUACAGAGUACACAAAGACCCACAAGGAUGUGAGAAGGAGCGGCUUUCCCUAACCUUAGGGCCGGAAGUGUUUUUUCUUCAAGGUGGGGCACAGGGGAUGGGGAAAACAGUCCAGACUUGCUAAACUUGCGGAGUUCCAGAGGCGGGGCUUUGAGUCCGUCUCCUCUCUAGGGCUCUGCAAGCACGUCGGUGCAAAGCCUCGAGUCUGCGCAGGGAGGGCAGGACGCACAGCACUUCCUCCCCGAGCCCGCUUCCUCGCCUCCAGGCGGGCCCAGCCCAGAGGCGACGACGAGCGCGCAUCUGCGCUCAGCUCAGCCCAGUGCACUUCGGAGCAGCCCAGCGCAUCUCGGCGUCCCCCGGUGCAUCUCAGCGCAGCACCCUCUUCAGCCGUCAAGAUGGGUGAAUCAAAUGAAGACAUAGACCAGAUGUUCAGCACUUUGCUGGGGGAAAUGGAUCUCUUGACCCAGAGUUUAGGAGUGGACACUCUUCCUCCUCCCGACACCAAGCCACCCCGAGAAGAGUUUAACUACAGUGUGGGAUUUAAGGAUUUAAAUGAGUCCUUAAAUGCACUGGAGGACCAAGAUUUAGAUGCUCUCAUGGCAGACUUGGUAGCAGAUAUAAGUGAAGCCGAGCAGAGAACCAUCCAGGCUCAGAAAGAGUCCUCUCAGAAUCAGCAUCACUCAGCACUUCUGGGGGCGUCAGACGGCCGGGGUGCAGCCUCACUUGGUUAUGGAGCAAGUGCUCCUGCAGCUGGUAUUAGCCACUAUGAGGAUGCUCUACCACCUCCACCGGCAGAACCCAUGUUAGACCUCCCACCGCCCCCACCUCCCCCUGAACCUCUCUCUAAAGAAGAAGAAGAAGCCCUAGCAAAGGCCGAUAAAAUCAAAUUAGCACUGGAAAAACUGAAGGAAGCCAAGGUUAAGAAGCUUGUGGUCAAAGUGCACAUGGAUGAUAACAGUACCAAGUCACUGAUGGUGGAUGAGCGACAGUUGGCUCGGGAUGUUCUGGACAACCUUUUUGAAAAAACCCAUUGUGACUGCAAUGUGGACUGGUGUCUUUAUGAAAUAUAUCCCGAAUUGCAAAUUGAGAGAAUAUUUGAAGACCAUGAAAACGUUGUUGAAGUCUUAUCAGACUGGACAAGAGACACAGAAAACAAAGUAUUGUUUUUGGAGAAAGAGGAAAAAUAUGCUGUGUUUAAAAAUCCUCAGAAUUUCUACUUGGAUAACAAAGGGAAAAAAGAAAACAAGGAAACCAGUGAGAAAAUGAAUGCUAGAAACAAAGAAUCCUUACUUGAGGAAAGUUUCUGUGGCACAUCCAUCAUCGUACCAGAACUUGAAGGAGCUCUUUAUUUGAAAGAAGAUGGGAAGAAAUCCUGGAAACGGCGCUACUUUCUUCUGAGGGCUUCUGGAAUUUACUACGUUCCCAAAGGAAAGACAAAGACAUCCCGAGAUCUGGCGUGUUUUAUACAGUUUGAAAAUGUUAACAUUUACUAUGGGAUUCAGCAUAAACUGAAAUACAAAGCACCCACUGACCACUGCUUCGUUCUAAAGCAUCCUCAAAUCCAGAAGGAAUCCCAGUAUAUCAAAUAUCUCUGCUGUGAUGAUACAAGAACUCUCAGACAGUGGGUUAUGGGAAUAAGGAUCGCCAAGUAUGGGAAGACCCUCUAUGAUAACUAUCAGCGGGCUGUAGCAAGAGCUGGACUUGCCUCUCGGUGGACGAACUUGGGGACUGCUGGCGCAGCAACACCAGCCCAGGCUACCACAGGACUUAAAACAGGCACCAGCCAGCCCAAUGGUCAGAUUCCCAAGGCUGUACCUUCUGCUGGUGCUGUUCUCCAAGAGGCCCGGACACAAGUUGAAACAACUAAGGAGGAGAAGCAAGGCUUGGGCAACCACUACCCAGGAGCAACCAGGGAGAAUAAAGGCCUCAAGUCCAGCCUGCCACCGCCCCCUCCAGUAAGACGAUCUUCGGACACCUGUGGCAGCCCCGCCCUCCCACCCAAGUCCAAAGGUCCUGGCAGCUGCACCUUCCCCACCCAGCCUGAGGACUUCCUGCCACCGCCUCCACCGCCACCCCCGGAGGAAGAUAGCGACAGCGAGCUACCUCCUCCGCCUCCGGCCUUCCGAGAGGAGCCACCGGACUUCUUGCCACCUCCCCCACCGGCUGCGCCUGUUGAAGGCUCUGCAUUGCCACCACCGCCACCACCCCCGCCCUGCCUCUCCCAGGAGACAACCAAGUCAUCUCCAAUGCCCCCCAAAAGGCCCCCAGUGCCCCCCAAGAGGAAUGAGAACCAAGGACUCCCCGGUGCAGCCGGGAGCGGCGAGCAAGAUUUCAUGUCAGACCUCAUGAAAGCUUUGCAAAAGAAAAGAGGCAACGCGCCCUAGGGAUAUCUGAUAGUUUCUAAUUCCAUCCAUGUUUUGUACUCUAUUGUCGUGGCAUCUUGUUCAUUUUAGAAAAUGUUUUCCGACUAGAAAGCAUGUAAAACUCUUCACUGUUGUAAAUACUGUGCUCAUCCAUUAAGGUAGCAGAGGGUUUCGGACUAACUACAUACAUCCAAGCACACACAUGUACAUCCUGUGUGUUUUCACCUGAGUGGAUUUCAUCUUGCAGCCCAGGCUCACUGAAAUGAUAUUCCAGGUCCAUUUUAUUGUAUUCAGAAGGCUCAAAUUUCUAAAAUUAAAGUUUAUCUGAAAAGAGUA